AUGUCCCUUACAUUGGGGUCAGUGGGAAGAAUGUCCCUUACAUUGGGUCAGUGGGAAGAAUGUCCCUUACAUUGGUGGUCAGUGGGAAGAAUGUCCCCUUACAUUGGGGGUCAGUGGGAAGAAUGUCCCUUACAUUGGGGGUCAGUGGGAAGAAUGUCCCUUACAUUGGUGGUCAGUGGGAAGAAUGUCCCUUACAUUGGUGGUCAGUGGGAAGAAUGUCCCUUACAUUGGUGGUCAGUGGGAAGAAUGUCCCUUACAUUGGGGGUCAGUGGGAAGAAUGUCCCUUACAUUGGGGUCAGUGGGAAGAAUGCCCCUUACAUUGGUGGUCAGUGGGAAGAAUGUCCCUUACAUUGGUGGUCAGUGGGAAGAAUGUCCCUUACAUUGGUGGUCAGUGGGAAGAAUGCUCCCUUACAUUGGUGGUCAGUGGGAAGAAUGUCCCUUACAUUGGGGGUCAGUGGGAAGAAUGUCCCUUACAUUGGUGGUCAGUGGGAAGAAUGUCCCUUACAUUGGGGGUCAGUGGGAAGAAUGUCCCUUACAUUGGUGGUCAGUGGGAAGAAUGUCCCUUACAAUUGGUGGGUCAGUGGGAAGAAUGUCCCUUACAUU